AUGGAUGCAACGGACGUUAAAAAUAACGUUACACAAUCUACAAACGCUAAGGAGAGGAGAAAACUUAGAAAGUUAUAUUUGGAUAAUAGAAAAUCCAAAGUGUUACUAAGCACAUCAACCCGUCAAAAUUCAUCUGUUACACAUGCUUCUUACAUGUUGAAUAAUGGCAACUAUAUUUUCAAUAAUAAUGUUCAAACACCACUGUCUAUUGAUAAACAUAAUUCAGUGUUUUGCAUUGGCACGGCAUCCACAAAUCGUUCGACGAUAAUUCAUAAUUCUCCUUCAACAAAUUUAAAUGUUAGAACUCCCUUUUCUAACAUUUCAAAUGACAAUUAUAUAUACAAUAAUAACAUUCAAACACCAAUAUCUAUUAACAAACAUAAUUCAAUGUUUGGGAAUGCGACGACAUCCGAUUACUUGGAUCAUGGAGACGAAAUUGUUAUAUGUCAUAUUUGUCAUGCAAAAUUAUGGGUAGAUGAAUCGCUUAAAGGCCAAAAAAAAGACAAUACGUCUUAUUCCCUAUGUUGUGGCUAUGGCAAAGUUGAGCUACCACCCUUAAAAGAAGCACCCUCAUCUUACAAAAAUCUUUACCGUUCCGUAGAUUCUAAAAGCAAACACUUCAUGAAGAACAUUCGACGUUACAAUUCAAUGUUUUCAUUUACAUCCAUGGGAGGCAAAGUCAAUUCAUCCAUCAACAGAGGUAACGCACCAUACAUAUUCAGACUUAGCGGUCAAAAUUAUCAUAGUAUGGGAAGUCUUUUACCUAUUGGUGGAUCAAGACCUAAAUUCUGUCAGUUAUACAUAUAUGAUACGGAGAACGAGAUUUCAAAUAGAUCGACAAGUAUUGGUGGACCAACGAGCGGUUCUACUUCAACUACAACAACAUAUGAUCUCCAGAUUAUAGAAUUUUUGAAGGUUAUGUUAGAUUCAAACAAUGCGUUGGUCAAGUCUUAUAGGAUGGUAAGAGACAGUCUGCAUGAAAAUCCCGGUGCUAACUUGAAAUUAAGAUUAAUCAGAAAAAGAGAACAAGAUGGAAGGACAUAUAACUUACCAACUUCUUCUGAGGUAGCUGCUUUAAUUGUCGGUGACAUUUGUGAUUCAAUUGAAAAUAAAGACAUCAUUGUUGAAACCUCAUCAGGAUUACUAAAGCGUAUCAGUGAAUUACAUCCUUCUUACCUUGCUCUUCAGUGUUCAUUACUAUUUCCAUAUGGCGAUGAUGGUUACAGAGUUGACAUCCUUCAUAGAGGUAUUACAUCUUCAAGUAAUAGCAAGCGCCCAACUUGUACAAUGAGAGAAUUUUUUGCUUACAGAAUUCAAGAUAGAGAUCGAUCGUUCUCACUACUUCUUAAUGCAAAAAGGUUGUUCCAACAAUUUUUGGUUGAUGGUUAUACAAUGAUUGAAAGUGAGCGAUUAUUUUUCAUACGUAAGCAACAAAAAAUUCUUAGAUGUGAGUCUUAUGAGAAUCUGCGUAAUCACCAAGCACGUGGUAGUACAGAUAUUUCAAACGUUGGUCAACGUGUGAUUUUACCUUCUUCAUUUACCGGUGGUGCACGUUAUAUGAUGCAAAACUAUUUGGAUGCCAUGUCGCUAUUGGUUUAUACAAUUGAAUUUCAAAAACGAGGUCUGCCCCAUAGUCAUAUAUGUUUGUUUAUGCAUUCUGACUACAAGCUUCCUACAGUUGAAUAUAUCGAUCCCAUUAUUUCUGCUGAGAUUCCAAAUAUCGAAGAAGAUCCAGAAUUAUAUUCACUUGUCAAGGAGUUCAUGAUUCACGGUCCAUGUGGAGCUGAAAAUUUGAAUUGCCCAUGCAUGGUGGACAGAAAGUGUUCUAAAAACUUUCCAAAGCAAUUAUGUAAUCAUACUUCAGUUGAUUCAGAUGGUUUUCCCUUAUAUAGGAGAAGAAAUGAUGGACAUUUUGUUGAAAAAUCUGGUGUUCAGUUAGAUAACAGGAAUGUUGUUCCAUACAACAAAUAUCUAUUAAAAGAUAUCAGGCACACAUUAAUGUUGAAUGGUGCAAUCAGGGAUCUUCUAUAA